AACUAGGUCCGAAGAAAACACGGGUAGUCAUCGAUGUGUAUAUAAUUAACAUAAUAUAAUAACCUGAGAUUUCAUUCUCCAAGAGAAGACAAAUUAAGAUACGUACGUACGAGAAAAAGGAGAAACUAUAAUUAAGGUGCAAAUGUCGGAUGAAAAGACAAAUGUACAACCAACAGCAGAACCUGCCAAUGAAGAUUUUCUUCCACCAUCUGAUUGGGAUCGUCAGAACGACAGUGACACGCUAAUUCUAAUGCUUCCAGGGUUUAGGAAGGAGCAAAUGAAGGUUCAAGUAACCUCGAACCGUAUGCUAAGGGUGAGUGGCGGAAGAAAGAUCAGUGAGAACAAAUUCCGUCAAUUUCGUAAGGAAGAACCCCUUUCUGAUUUUCAUGACACCAAAGGGAUCACUGCCAAGUUUGAAGCUGGGAUGCUAUAUGUAAGGAUUCCCAAAGUGUUCAAACCACAGCCACCACCAACACAACAAGAAGAACCUUCAAAGCCUCAACCAACAACAACAAAACAAGAACCUUCAAAGCCUCAACCACCACCAACACAACUAGAACCUCCAAUGCCUCAACCUCUAAAGCAUCAACCACCACCAACAACAACACAACAAGAACCUUCAAAGCCUCAGAAAACAACAAAAACUUAUCAUAAACCACAUGCUCCUCAACAACAUGUUGAUGAAAAAGAGACAAAGGAGGACAAAAUUAGUGGAGAGUAUUCCAAAACCAAGACACAGACACCACUACCCCAGGAACCAAUUAAGGCAGCUCAUGAUGAAGACUCUCAAAAGAAGCCGCAAAAGGAGAUGAUGAGCAAAGCAGAAACUGAGGAGAAAAGCAAAACUUCUGAAGCUCAAGAAAUGCAUGGAACUACACAGACAACAUUCAAGGAGCAAAAUGAAGAUGAUCGUGGUGUAGAUUCUCAGAAGAAGGACAAGGGAAAAUUAGCAGAAACAGAUGGCAAUGAUAUUAAGGAAGAAGCUAUAACCUCUAAAGCUCAGAAAACUUGUCCUGAUGAAUUGAGUAAGCGUAGUAAUGUAGCCAUGAUGCACAAAAUCCUGGCCAUGAUUUCUGAUUUUGUUUUGGAGGUUAAGAAGCAAAGUAAAGUGCCCCACUUUGUUGUCCUCUUCAUUCUUGUGUUGCUGAUUGGGUACUACAUUAAUAGUAGAGUCAAAUCAUCUUUUGGAGGACCCAACAACCAAGAGCUUUAAUUGCUUCAUUUCCUUUCCUCGGGUUAUUAUGUCAACAUGCAUGGCACAAGACAAAUAUUAUCUGUAUGUACGUGCAUAAAUUCAUUAAGAAAAUAUAUUUUUUUUAAGUUUUUAAAUUAAUAGAUCUCUCUAUUACAUAUCA